AUGCAAGACAAAGCUCCCCCAUACGAUGGUGACAUUGAGAUGGACUAUCAGCCUACAUCAGGAGGUGCCUAUCAUGACUAUCAUAUUCAACUAGACGGUCAUAUAUGUGACAAAGCAGGUAAUUUCAUUCACUCAGAUGCACCUCCACCUCCCUAUACAUCUCAAGCCCCAGACAACUGGACACCUUACCAUAAUUAA